AGCUCGCGCCAGCAGGACAGAAUGGGCAACAUUUGGAGGUUACUGAGGUUUGUCCAAAAGUCCCUUAAAUUGUCGCUAGUCACUUUAUAUAAAAAAAAUGUCGCUAAAGGGGUCUGAAAAGUCGCUAAAAAUAGCGACAAAGGCGCUAAAUUGGCAACGUGUGUAACUGUUGGAGUUGCUGACGCCGGUGGGCGUGUCCACGCGCUGACGUCACCGUCACGUGCCUGAGCGGUCAGGAAGUGUCUGUUGUUUCUGGACGCGAAAAGAAAGUAAACGAACGGAUCAACGAUGAGUUCCAUAAUCCCGGAGACACAGAGCAUUAAAGCGGCUGUGAUUCACAUCAACUCCAUCGACAGCAGCAAGUUUUCGAAACUCCUGUCUCGGAUUCUGCAGAAGCUCCACCUGAAGGAGCGCUCCUUCAGUGAGGAAGAGGAGGAGAAGCUGAUGGUCGCUCUCUCUCUGGAGAAACACACUCUUCAGCUGCUGCUGGAGGCCGUGUCCUUCAUCCUCGAGCAGGCCGUGUAUCACAGUGUUAAACCGCUGGCGCUCAGACAGCAUCUGGAGAACAUCAGCCUGGCGCCGGAGAACGCAGAAGUCUUCAGUCAGGUCUGGGCUUCAGCUGGGCCAGAAGUGCUGGAGAAGAUCCGACACGGGAUAUUUGCCCCGGAGAAGCUGGAUCAGGUGUCGUGGCAGCUCAGUCUUCUCAUGGCCCGAUCGGAUCAGAGCCGACUGAAAGAGCCUCACGCCGUCAUCAAUCUGGGGCUCCGGGCGGAAGACGAGGUAAAGAGUGUGUGUGUGUGUGUGUGUGUGUGUGUGAUUGCAGUGUAUCUCCUCUGAGCUGCAGUUUGUGUG